AUGUCCGCCGACUUCUGGGCUGGCUACAUCAGCGGUGCCGUCGGCAUCAUCAUCGGCAACCCCCUCGACCUUCUCAAGGUCCGCCUACAAGCACCUCCGACCGCUCCUCCACCGGGGCAGAUCCCCGCCGCUGCAGCGACCUCAUACAUCCGUCACUUCGAGACCCCGGCCUCGCUGGUCACUGGCUCCGCUGCUCCCAUCCUCGGCUAUGGCGCCCUCAACGCUCUCUUGUUCGUCUCGUACAACCGCACCGAGGCUGCGCUCAAUUCCGCUCUCAACGUCAAAUCAAGUCUCUGGACAACUUGGAUUGCAGGAGCUGUUGGUGGUCUGGCAACAUGGGUGGUGAGCACACCUACGGAGCUGAUCAAGUGUCGCGCCCAGCUGUCCUCGCCGCCAGCAUCCAGCUGGGCCAUCACCAAGGACGUCUGGCGUGCUGAAGGGAUCAGGGGUCUGUACUUUGGCGGUGUCGUGACUGCGCUGCGGGACAGCAUCGGGUACGGCUUCUACUUUUGGUCCUAUGAGCUCAGUACGCGCUGGAUGGGUGUCGGCACCGCUGAUGCGACGGGGGAAACGAAUCUGCGUGAGGAGGCCGCCAAGGUACUUCUCUGCGGCGGGCUCGCAGGAAUUGUUACGUGGGCGAGUAUCUUCCCGCUCGACGUCAUCAAGACGCGGGUGCAGACCCAAGCGUUUGAGAAACCAGCGGAAGCCGCCCCGCUACUCCCAGCCCAGGGGUCAGAACCCACGAAGCGCGCCGGCGCGAUGCAGGUUGCGCGGGAGGCGUACCGUGAGGGCGGUAUGAAGGUAUUCUUCAGGGGUCUGACUAUCUGUAGCGUCCGGGCCUUCAUCGUCAACGCGGUUCAGUGGGCUGUUUACGAGUGGGCCAUGUACGAGAUGGGCGAGGGCCGGAGACGGCCUGCUGCUACUAUUGACGUGGGACAGCCGAUGUGA